UCCGAAAUCUUGACGUUUCACGGGAAACAGAGGGAAAUGCACCUUGGCUGCAGGUGACGAGUUUAAAAUUAAAGCGGAGAUGGGUCUUCCAAGUCUUAUAUUUAGGCCGACGCGCAUGCGCGAUCCGAUUAGAAGUCCCGUGGAAGACUUAGAACAUCUGAUUCCUCGAAAUCCGCCGUGUGCCGCGAUUUUCACGAACCGUCCUCCUGUUCACCGUGUUCCAAAAUUCUUUUCGGUCUUCCACGCAAAAAUCCGACUAGCGUCGCGUCAGAUCGGGAGAUCAGCGUCAUCGAGGAUUCCGCUGAUCGAAGUACACCCAGUGAUAGAGGAUCUUUUUAAGGAGAAACCGAGUUUCCUUUCGUGUCACGAGUUUGUUCUGAGAAAAUAACAAGAUGGAUCUCGGGGGUGUCGAUGUCUGGGGUCAGAUCGCCGUGGAAACGUCUCAGAUGUUCGUGUCUGAGGGCGGCGUGGUUAAAAGUCGUUUCGCUGGGACAACGAUAGAGAAACUGCCGGACAAGGUGCUGCUGAAUAUCUUCAGUUACCUGUCUCAUCGCGAAAUAUGCAGGGUGGCACGUGUUUGCAAGAGAUGGCGGCAAAUAGCCUACGACACGCGAUUAUGGAAGCACGUAUCGCUGCGGCCGGAAAUCAGUGGAUUGCACGUGAACUCUCUGGACAAUCUGCUGCAUUUGAUCAGCACGCGCUUCGGAGCUUCGCUCAGGUACAUCGAACUGCCGAUCGAGCUGAUCACGCACACGGUUCUCCACGAACUGGCCAACAAGUGUCCAAACUUGACUCACAUGCUGCUCGAUUUCUCCACGGCCAUGCAACUGCACGAUUUCUCGGAGAUGCAAGCCUUCCCCACCAAGCUGAAGUACAUGUGCAUCUGCCUGUCCGAGGUAAUCUUCAUGGAGGGCUUCAUGAGAAAGAUCUACAACUUCAUCAAUGGCCUGGAGAUCCUUCACCUUAUAGGGACGUACGAAAAGGUGGAGGAAGAGGAGGAAGAGAUUUACGAGGUGAUAAACGUGCACAAACUGAAAUCGGCCACCCCCAAUCUGCGAGUAAUCAACCUGUACGGGAUCAAUUUCGUAGAUGAUUCUCACAUCGAUGCAUUUUCUUCCAACUGCAUUCAAUUGGAAUGCCUGGCAGUGAACUUCUGCGCCAAAGUCACCGGCUCCACCAUGAAGACCCUGUUCCAGAGAAGCAGGAGACUCAAGUGCCUUCUCAUGCAAGGAACAAAUCUUCAGAGUGAAUACGUGAUGCAGGUGGAAUGGGAGAAGUCGAGUAUCCAGGAGCUGGACGUCACUGGCACGGACUUAUCGACGGAAUGUCUCAUCGACAUGUUGACCAGGAUUCCAAACCUUCGUUUCCUGAGCGCGGGUCAGUUGAACGGGUUCAAUGACAGCGUGUUGAAAGCCUGGGCCGAGCUGGGCAAUCCUCGAACCCUGAUCGCUUUGGCGCUGGACAGCUCGGAUAACCUGACCGACGACGCUCUGCAUAAAUUUUUGUCGAAAUAUGGCCAACAACUCUACGGACUAUCCUUAUCCGGCAUGCCACACAUCACGGAUCAGCUGUGGCAGAGUGUGUUACCCAUAUUGACCAAGGCCAAGAUUCUCGUAAUGGGGACCUCAGAAAGGCUGGGUGUGAAUAUUCACGUGGACCAGCUGAUGGACGGAAUUGCUAACAAUUGUCCAAAUUUAGAGCGGCUGGAGCUCCGCUGGGAUCCAGAGAACCUCCGGUUCUCCGACAAAAGCCAGAAGGCUAUAGAUAUACUUCGUGUAAAGUGUAUUAAAUUACGGUGCUUAAGCUUGAGCGAUGGGAGGUACUACGAGAUAGUCAAAGCCAAUUUCGAGCGUGCCGACAGGCUGACGGUCGUUCGAACCACGACGUGCUGCCGCGUGUCUAACUACUACCUCUUAGAGAAUUACAAGGAUUUGAUUUUUAAUUAAUUUCUACGGUAAACGCUUGUACAUACGCUACGAGGGAUUCAUAGACGAGUUUUUCCAUAAGCCGAAUUAUCGAGACGAAUAAGCACAUCGCUGAGGUAGCGAACCACGAGAACUGCGAUGGAAGAACGAGUCUACCAGCGAUUAGUUAAGCGCUUAUCCCUAGUGUUAAGAUAAGAAAUCGCGCGUAAAAUAACAGAUGCAUAUUUUUCUACUCUAUUUCCGAGCGCGUAGCGUGAGUGAACGAACUACUUCGGGUAAAAUUCUUGUGAAAUCUCGACUCGUUCGAUGUUACCGCACUAAUGUAGAGAAAAGCGUAAUAACGAAGGAAAGAACGCAAAGACAGAAUAACCAUGUGAUCAAUGGGAAGCAGAACGAGGAACCUUGACACGUAGAAGCACAAGACCACACGAUCCGUUACAUCACAGCACGUUCAUAAUUAAUGGAAGCAUUGUGGUAGGAAAAAGUUUGCCAGGUAAAAUAUCGACAAGACAGGGGCACGCACAAUGGCUGUUCGUAGUAGUAUCGAUUAUUCGCUAAUUUAUUCAUGCAGCCGUGUAGACGACGACGACGUCGCACUGGCCACGGCUGGUCGGUCGAUUCGCUCGAUUUCAUUCUCUAGCCACAUGCCAGACCCUUCGUUUAUAUGUUGCAUUAUAGUCGACGCAGAACCGUCGUGGCCGGCACGACUUUUCGCAUGAUUCCCGAAUUCUUCGUCUCUCGUCUCAGUUUCUUCCUCUCGCGCUCCUCUUAUCCCGAUCUUCCCCAAUGUCCGACACCGAGGAAGACCUAAUGGUAAGGAAGCUGAAGAUCGUCCUCGUCGGUGACUCCGCAUCCGGCAAAGUGAGUUUUCCUGUGUCUCCAGCGUUUACUUGCCUACUGAAAGCGUAAUCCAAGCCCUAGCUUGGUCAUUUUCGUCUCUGCGUUAAGUCUCUCGUCUCUGCGUCCUGGCCAAAGGGAAACUAUCGAUUUGACCCUCGAUCGGGAAUUUUUCGAAACGUACGAGUAUGUACUAGUACGAUUAAAUUGUUUCGAGUCCAGUGUGCCUCUGAGCUUCAAAGAACCAAGCAACGUAUCGAUUUAUUUACACCGUGCGAAGUGGUCAGUGCCACUAUUAAACGUACUUCGGAAAUACCGAGUGUUCCGCAGUUACUACGCUUUACUUCCAUUCAUUUCUGAUGACGAUAAUAAACGUUCAGUUUGAAGUAAUUUGUCACUCCAAGUGUUGCGUAUUGUCGCUAGGAAAUACCCAACAGAGUCUCCACAGCUUACGCGAUAUCGCGUAUUCGUGACUCCAGCUAUUUCCCCACUAUCUUUAAUUCUUCCUCAAAAGUCUCUUGCUCUUUAAUUACUAACACGACCAGUUCCCGAAGAACUAUAGGACCAACUAUUAAUUAGCAGACGGACGUAACACGCGAGUUUCGAUCGACGUUGGAAUUUCGUCUUGAGACCUUGCGUACUCGAGGAAUCGGUUAAUUCCAGCAUAUUUAAUUGCUCCCGAAAAGUAUAUAAUUUGGAACAAAGUGUACUCGUUUGAAAAUUUUUCUCUCGUUUCCUGGAAGCAAGCAGGUAUUAUUUAUUUAAAAAGAGACGAGAGCCUCCACAGCGAGGGGGUAGCAAUUCCGAAUAACUGAAAUUCAAGGUUCCCUGUUUAGACCAGCAUUGCCCAAAAAUUUUGCAAUAACGAAUUCACGAGACAGUACACACCGACGUCUGGGAUCGACUUUUUCCUGAAGAACGUCA